CUAUAUUUAUAAAAUAACCACUGCUGAACUGCAUAAUAAAUAUUGUGAAGUAUAUUUGCCAUCAUGAAGGAUGUGUUCUGUGACUUGUGAGUACAUAUGGGACGAUCUCCACAUUUGAAUUGAGUGCGUGACUGCAUGCACUCCAUGCAGAAGUGCACGCUGUCUGUUUCCAAUGUUGCAUCGUAAAUAAAUAUUUCUGAAAGUUGUAACCCUAUAAAUGUCACACUUCGAAAGCAUCGCUUGUUAUUAUAUGUAACUGGUAAAGACCUGUAUUCACACAAUACGUUCUCGGAACAUCGACGGCUGCGUUCGAGGACAUAGGUUUGCACAUUUAUACAAUCCAGUAAAAUAAGUGGUAAAUUGAAAUACCUAGAAAUGGAGAAAAGAAACUAUAAGGUUACCACGUUGUCGGACGAUGAAGCCAUUUUCACCAACAAUGAUCACAGAGCAAGCGGAAGCAGGUCUGGUGUGUCGGUUGAUGUAGAUGAUGACGAAGCUGUCAUGAUAUUCAAUUCAGCUGGUGUUGGUCGAUGUCAAGUUUCCAGUACAUAUAAUGGGACAAGCAAUCAAGUUGUACAGGGAGGGAUAGACUCUAUCCAGGGUAAUACAGGUACUGUUCAGGUGUACUCAAAUCACGCAGGUUUACACGAUGUACGGGUAUACCGCGUUGGGACGAACCUAAGCUACCACAGCCAUAAAAAAGAUGCCCUGGGCGAACAGCUAACCAGCUGUGGCGAGGAUUGGAGCUUCUGUAUGAGCACGGAUGAAGCUUUGCAAUUGAAGCUUGAACCCUGCCAACGAUGCUAUCCCACUCUGCCUGGCAACGACGUUCAUCAUGCGAUCACACCCUCGGAUCAGGCCGGAACGGCACUGACGAUCAGUACACAGAGCACUAGUAAUGCAAUUGGCAUAUCAGGUGCACAAGAUUCAACAGAUGCAAGCUUAUUUAAAUUCAAGAUAGGACAAGGGAAAUCAUACCACCGUAAAUUAUCGGUUAAUGAUAGUGGAGUUGCAUGCGGCCAAAAAGGCCGUACGGCGGCUGUUCAGGUGACAUCUGUGGGUGCGAUGAAGCCUUGUUCGAAAUGUUAUGAUGUUCCUUUUAUAGAAUUACAAAGCACUUCAAAUCCCAGUACACAAACACUUAUUGCCAGCAAUGGUACGAUAUCUAGUCCCACCAAUACAGAGCUUACGAGCGGUCUCGUUCGCAACACACAGUCGUGCGACCGGAACCUGCCCCAGGUGGCUAAUGCUUACCCUAACACAUGUUCAAGUACGAACAGUAGAGAACCGGCGGGCGUUGUAGGGGAUAUUUCUAUUGCAAACGGUAGUAUGACUGGACAUGAUGCAGCUUCAGUUGUCUUUAAGAUCGGAAACGGAAAAUCGUACCAUCGCAAAGUUUCCAUCAACGAUGACGGAGUGGCGUGUGGUUCGGCGGGCAGUACAUUGCCUAUCGAGGUGACAUCAACGGGAACGAUGAAGCCUUGCUCGAAAUGCUAUCCAUCUUCAGUUUCUACAACAACUAGCACUACAUACCCUAACACACGGGCACAUAGCGCGAGGGCUGCUGCGAUAUCUUCAUCAACUAUUGAAAGGGCCAGGAGCAGUCCCGAUCAGAGCGUUCAGGUGUAUGUCACUGUCCUGUCUGAGGGGGCCGAUUCGUACCCCAACACUUGCUCGAGGCAGGACACAAGGGCGACGGUGGUCAACGCGAGAAAUAUUCAGGUAAUGGUAACUUCUUCAGGUCGAGAUGUGGUUGAGCUUAAUAUAGCUGAGGCCCGGUAUAAGAUUGGAAACGGGAAGAAAUAUCACCGCAAAGUAGAUAGUGACGCCAGUGGAGUAGCUUGUGGUCAGAAAGGCUCUACGCUGCCUACUCUGGUGAGCUCAGUAGGCGCCAUGACUCCCUGCUCAAAAUGUUAUAAGUAACUCAUACGAAACGCACGCUUUAUUGGAUCGCACACGAAUGUGUUACAUUUACUGGUAUAUAAAUAUAUAAAUGCGGCAAGUGAUUGGUCGUGGAAGUCGGUACGAAAAUACACCAUCAAGUUUGUUGCUACCCAACAUGCGAUGUUGAUGGAGAAGUUUUAACCUAUUCCAAUAUACAAUAUUGAAAGCGAAGCGAUCAGCACAAUCAACUCAAUAAAACGCUAGCAUUCAAACAAUA